AUGGUAGACUUAUCUAUCUAUCUAUCUAUCUAUCUAUCUAUCUAUCUAUCUAUCUAUCUAUCUAUCUAUCUAUUUCAUUUGUCUGUCUUGCGAGUAUGCCUAUUUCUCUCUCUACAUGAAAGUAGCUUGAAAUCAAUCUAUCUAUCUAUCUAUCUAUCUAUCUAUCUAUCUAUCUAUCUAUCUAUCACCAGGAAGAAGCCGGUACGCUACACCCUCCUUCUUGGCAAAGCCUUCCCGCAGGUCAGUCGACUUACAGUGGCCUUUUGGGUUAGAGCCAAGGGAAACUAUCUUGAUGAUGACACCAUACUCUCCUACAAACAUGAGGAAUACACAAACCUUUUGAGAAUUACAAGUAGAAGGAAUUUGAUAUUUAAGAUAUUUCGGAAAAUUAUUACAACCAACGUGACACUUGCAAAUAAUGUCUGGAAUCAUAUCGCGUGGACGUGGGAGAAAAACGAAGGUUCCUGGAGUCUUUAUGUUAAUGGAACUAAGAAGCAAGUUGGAACUGGUGCCACCGAAAAUCGUUCAGUCCCGUCAGGAGGGGAGCUAGUCCUUGGACAAUCUUCCCGCCCAAACGCCUACUUUGAUACAAAUGGGCCGAAUUCCGUAGUGGGACUCGCGGCGCAAUGCGUUUGCGAUGGCCAUCCGGACUCGUCACUAGACCGUGCUUUGAUGAAUUUGAGGCUGCAGCAACAUGUGAUAAACAUUGCAGUGACGUUAUUGGUUCAUAUCUAUCUAUCUAUCUAUCUAUCUAUCUAUCUAUCUAUCUAUCUAUCUAUUUCUGAAGAAGUCUUUUCAUCUAUCUAUCUAUCUAUCUAUCUAUCUAUCUAUCUAUCUAUCUAUCUAUCUAUCUAUCAGUUUGUAGUAAGAAAUCCUAAAAAUUAUCUACCUCUGCUCAUUAUCUAUCUAUCGAUCCCUGUCAUUUCAUAUCUAUCUAUCUAUCUAUCUAUCUAUCUAUCUAUCUAUAGAAAGGAUUUACUUGGACGAAUUUCUUCUUCUUUCCAUUCUCUUUCUUCUUCUUCUUCUUCCAUCUCCCCUUCUUUCUCUUCUUCCUCCUCCCCUUCUUCUUCCGCUUCUUCCUCCUUCUCUUCUUCUUCUUCUUCAUCAGCGAUAUGUUAUCCUGUUUUUUCUUCAAUUCUUUUUACUUGA